AUGAAGCUCAGUGUUGCUUGCGGCAGUCUUGCCUCGCUUGUGACGGCCUCAGUCCAUGUCUCGCGGGCCGACACCGAAGCCGACAGCCUGUACGGUUAUGGUGUGAACAUCGGGGGCCUCCCCUUCAUCUACGCAGACGGACUUGCGUACCUCGGCAGUGCCCCAUCAAAUGCCUCGGUUGCUACCAAUGUCACUGUCAGCAUCAGCUCCGGCGUCGUGGUCGUGACGCCCACCGACACAACAUGGACUGGCAGCAAGAGCCUGUACAUCGACAACUACUCCGGGGCCUAUGAGGCGGCGAAAAUCGUGUCGUCGGCUAGCGGAUACACCAACAGCGGCUUCAUGUUCUACGGGAGGACCUUGUUCCAAAGCGGCACCAAGGGCAUGGAGUCCUUGUUCUACGCCACCCCGUUGGACAGCCUCAACCAGACCUACCUUUUGGAGUGGAACUCGGACAGCAUCGACAAUGGAGCCAGCACCCCUGUUGCCUUGAGGAAUUUGCCACCUGCGUAA